CGGGGUUGGCGAGGCAGGUGCUGCGGCCCGAUCCUCGCGCUUGGAGGACAGAUGUGCCCAGGCGUCGGGGCGCGCAGACCAGAGCUCAGGUGAAGCUCUUGGAAAGGGCAAGACGGCGGCGACGAGAUGCGAGCGGAGGAGACCUGCGCCCCCGGCGCCCCCAGUGCUCCGGGGACCCGGCGCAAGCCCGGCCCCGAGCCACGCCUGUCCAGCCAGCUGCUGCCCGAGCUGUACACGUUCGUGGCGCGCGUGCUGUUCUACCUGGCGCCCGUCUACCUAGCCGGCUACCUGGGGCUCAGCAUAACCUGGCUGCUGCUUGGCACCGUGCUGUGGAUGUGGUGGCGCAGGAACCGCCGCGGGAAGCUCGGGCGCCUGGCGGCCGCCUUCGAAUUCCUGAACAACGAACGCCAGUUCAUCAGCCGCGAGCUGCUGGGCCAGCACCUGCCGGCCUGGAUCCACUUCCCGGACGUGGAGCGGGUCGAGUGGGCCAACAAGAUCAUCUCCCAGACCUGGCCCUACCUAAGCAUGAUCAUCGAAAACAAGUUCCGGGAGAAACUCGAGCCCAAGAUCCGGGAGAAGAGCGCCCACCUGAGGACCUUCACCUUCACUAAGCUCUACUUCGGACAGAAGUGCCCCAGGGUCAACGGCGUCAAGGCGCACGCCAGCAAGCACAACCGAAGACAGGUGGUUCUGGACCUGCAGAUAUGCUACGUCGGGGACUGUGAGAUCAGCGUGGAGCUGCAGAAGAUCCAGGCUGGUGUGAACGGGAUCCAGUUGCAGGGCACACUGCGGGUGAUCCUGGAGCCCCUCCUGGUGGACAAGCCCUUUGUGGGGGCCGUGACCAUGUUUUUCCUUCAAAAGCCGCACCUGCAGAUCAACUGGACAGGCCUGACCAACCUGCUGGAUGCGCCUGGAAUCAAUGAGGUGUCGGACAGCCUGCUGGAGGACCUCAUCGCUGCCCACCUGGUGCUGCCCAACCGCGUGACUGUGCCCGUGAAGAAGGGGCUGGACCUGACCAACCUGCGCUUCCCUCUGCCCUGUGGAGUGAUCCGAGUCCACUUGCUGGAGGCGGAGAAGCUGGCCCAGAAGGACAACUUCCUGGGCAUCCGAGGCAAGUCAGACCCCUAUGCGAAGGUGAGCAUUGGCCUGCAGCAUUUCCGGAGCAAGACCAUCUACAAGAACCUGAACCCCACCUGGAACGAAGUGUUUGAGUUCAUAGUGUAUGAAGUCCCUGGGCAAGACCUGGAGGUGGACCUGUAUGAUGAGGAUCCUGACAGGGACGAUUUCCUGGGCAGCCUGCAAAUCUGCCUCGGGGACGUCAUGUCAAACAGAGUGGUGGAUGAGUGGUUUGUCUUGAAUGACACAACCAGUGGGCUGCUGCACCUGCGGCUGGAGUGGCUUUCACUGAUCGCUGACCCAGAAGCUCUGACUGAUGACCAUGGUGGCCUUUCCACUGCCAUCCUCGUGGUCUUCUUGGAGAGCGCUUGCAAUCUGCCGAGAAAUCCUUUUGACUACCUGAACGGCGAAUAUCGAGCCAAAAAACUCUCCAGGUUUGCCAAGAAUAAGGUCAGCAGAGACCCUUCUUCCUACGUCAAGCUAUCCGUAGGCAAGGAGACACACAUGAGCAAGACCUGUCCCCGCAGCAAGGAUCCUGUGUGGAGCCAGGUGUUCUCCUUCUUUGUGCAUAACGUGGCAGCUGAGCAGCUGCAUCUGAAGGUGCUUGAUGAUGACCAGGAGUGUGCUCUGGGAGUGCUGGAGGUCCCCCUGUGUGAGAUUCUCCCCUAUGCAGACCUUACCCUCGAGCAGCGCUUUCAGCUGGACCAUUCAGGCCUGGAAAGCCUCAUCUCCAUGAGGCUGGUGCUUCGGUUCCUGCGUGUGGAAGAACGAGAGCUGGGGAGCCCAUACACAGGACAUGAAGCCCUAAAGAAAGGCCCUCUGUUCAUUAAGAAGGUGGCUACCAACCAGGGUCCCAAAGCCCCACCUCAGGGAGAGGGCCCUACAGAUCUGCCAUGCCCCCCAGACCCUGCUUCUGAUAUCAAGGAAGCCUCCAAGAGCACCACGACAACCACCAGUGCCACCACUGCUGCCACUGAGCCCAUGCCCCAAGAGACAGGCCCAGAGCCCAAAGGCAAGGACAGUGCCAGAGGCUUCUGUGAGCCCAUGGGGGAGAAGAAGAGUUCGGCUACCAGCUUCCUGACUGUCCCAGGCUCCCACUCUCCAGGGCCCAUCAAGUCACGUAGACCCAUGAAAUGCCCUGCCUCCCUAUUCGCAUGGCCACCCAAGAGGCUGGCUCCCAGCAUGUCCUCGCUCAACUCCCUGGCCUCCUCCUGCUUUGACCUGACAGAUAUCAGCCUCAACACUGAAGGCGAGGGUCUCAGGCGGCAGGGGCUGGGCGAGAUUCAGCUCACAGUGCGCUACGUGUGUCUGCGGCACUGCCUCAGUGUGCUAAUCAACGGCUGCAGAAACCUGACACCCUGUACCGUCAGUGGAGCUGAUCCCUACGUCCGUGUCUACUUGUUGCCAGAAAGGAGGUGGGCAAGUCGUAAGAAGACUUCAGUGAAACGGAGGACCUUGGAACCCCUGUUUGAUGAGACAUUUGAAUUUUUUGUUCCCAUGGAAGAAGUAAAGAAGAGGUCACUAGAUGUGGCAGUGAAGAACAGUAGGCCACUUGGCUCACACAGAAGGAAGGAGCUAGGAAAAGUACUGAUUGACUUAUCAAAAGAAGAUCUGAUUAAGGGCUUCUCACAAUGGUAUGAGCUGACUCCAGAUGGACAGCCCAGAAGUUGAUGAUGAGCACCAUUAUCACCGUUAGACUAAAAUCUUGUACAUAUGUAUAUUUUGUAAUUUAAAUUAGAACAGCUAUUUGAAAAUAUAUACAUACAUUCUUGUGUGAAAUUUAACUAAGACUGGAUAGUAUUAGGAAGAGGUAAACAUGUAAAAGCAAGAACCACUCUCUCGGUUGGAUUUAAUUGUUCAAAUCCAGAAAGAAAUGGGGUAUUCAUGCCUAAUAAAUUAUCAAAACCUCAGGGGUGAUUUUUCACUUUUGGUAGGUAAUUACAGACCAUUUGACUUAGGACUUGCCUGAAUGUAUGUGUCAGAAUCCUCGUGUCUCAGACAUAGAGGGUAAGGGAGGUCUGUUCCUGGAGCAGCUACCAGUAUUCCUGGGCAGUAACUGACCAAGGGAGGAGGCUUCUUUUAUGGGAGUAAAAAGUGACCCAUACCAAAAGUGCCAAGAGCUGACACUACCUAAGCCCUUC